AUGCUUGACAUUAACGCAUUCCUCGUUGAAAAGGGAGGUGAACCAGACAAGAUCAAAGAAUCUCAAAGAAAGAGAGGUGACUCAGUUGAGUUAGUUGAUGAAAUCAUCGCUGAAUAUAAAGAAUGGACAAAGAUCAGAUUCGAAUUAGAUGAACACAACAAACAACUUAAUGCCAUCCAAAAGGAAAUCGGUAAAAAGUUUAAAGCUAAAGAAGAUGCCAGUGAAUUAUUAGCCCAAAAGGAAAAAUUAACUGUUGAAAAGAAGGAAUUAAUGGAAAAGGAAAUUGCUGCCGAUAAACAAGUUAAAUUUAAAGUUAAUCAAAUUGGUAAUAUCGUUCAUGAAUCCGUUGUCGACUCUCAAGAUGAAGAAAACAAUGAACUUGUCAGAACUUGGGCCCCAGAAAACUAUGAAGUUAAACAAGUUGCUGCUGCCACCGGUGCCCCAGCUAACUUAUCCCACCACGAAAUUUUAUUAAGAUUAGAUGGUUAUGAUCCAGAAAGAGGUGUCAGAAUAGUCGGACAUCGUGGUUAUUUCUUAAGGAACUAUGGUGUCUUCUUAAAUCAAGCUUUGAUCAACUAUGGUUUACAUUUCUUAUGCAAGAAUGAUUAUACUCCAUUACAAGCCCCAGUCAUGAUGAACAAAGAAGUUAUGGCCAAGACUGCUCAAUUAUCCCAAUUCGACGAAGAAUUAUAUAAAGUUAUGGACGGAGAAGACGAAAAGUAUUUGAUUGCCACUUCUGAACAACCAAUCAGUGCUUACCAUGCAGGUGAAUGGUUUGAAUCUCCUCAAGAACAAUUACCAGUCAGAUAUGCCGGUUACUCCUCUUGUUUCCGUAGAGAAGCUGGUUCUCAUGGUAAGGAUGCUUGGGGUAUUUUUAGAGUCCAUGCUUUUGAAAAAGUUGAACAAUUUGUUUUAACUGAACCCGAAAAAUCAUGGGAAGAAUUUGACAGAAUGAUUGGUUUAUCUGAACAAUUCUACAAGUCUUUAGGUUUACCAUACAGAGUUGUUGGUAUUGUUUCUGGUGAAUUGAAUAAUGCCGCUGCUAAGAAGUAUGAUUUAGAAGCUUGGUUCCCAUACCAACAAGAAUAUAAGGAAUUAGUCUCUUGUUCUAACUGUACUGAUUACCAAUCAAGAAACUUAGAAAUCAGAUGUGGUAUUAAACAACAAAACCAAACUGAAAAGAAAUACGUUCACUGUUUGAAUUCUACCUUAAGUGCUACUCAAAGAGCUUUAUGUUGUAUUUUAGAAAACUACCAAACCGAAGAUGGUUUAGUUAUUCCAGAAGUCUUGAGAAAGUACAUUCCUGGUGAACCAGAGUUCAUUCCUUUCGUGAAGGAAUUACCAAAGAACUCCACUUCUAACAAGAAGAAGGGUAAGAACUAA